GUACUUACAGAAUAUAACUCACCAUGUUGUCCGUCUACUCACGCAUUGGAUUAAAUCAAUCCGCCAGACUUCUCAUUAAACCAGCAUUAAUCAGAGGAAUCAAGACCAUUCCUCAACCACCAGGAUACAUUGUUGGUACUGUCAAUGAUGCUUAUGUUCCACCACCACCAUCCAAGUCCGAAGGUUCUUUACAUUGGACCGCCGAAAGAAUUGUUGCCGUUGGUAUGGUUCCCUUAGUCUUGGCUCCAUUAACCACUGGUACCACAACAUUAUUAGAUUCUGCCAUGAGCUCACUCUUGUUGUUCCAUUGCUUUGCUGGGUUCCAAUCUUGUAUUAUAGAUUAUAUCCCAAAGAGAGUCUACGGUGCUUAUCACACUUACUGCAUGUGGUUGUUAAUGGGUGGUACUGCUUUUGCUGGUUACGGUAUUUACGAAAUUGAAAAGAAGGAAGGUGGUAUCUCAAAUGUUGUUAGUAAAUUAUGGAAGGCCUAGUAUGGUUUGAUUAGUUUUAUGAUAUACUAUUUAUUUAUUUAUUUUUAACCACUGUUAUCGGAUGAUUUCCUUUUCUUUGACUUUGUAUCGGGGACUUGAAGUUUCGUUACUUUCAGUUCAAGUUCUUGACUUGUAGGUAUCAACUUCUCUAUAUACCAAGACUUUAUAUUGUCAUACGCAACCCGCAACAGUCUAUUACUGAUGUCUUGUUCAGACAAUACUCUCAAUGAAUAACUAGUUGGAUUGUAUGCAUCACGUAGCAACUUGACUGCUCCAAGCUUGACUAAUCCCUCUUGGUCAUUAAUCUUAGCAUCAACAAUCCCUUCAAAACCCAUAUCAAUGAUUAACUCAUGCAAGGAUUCUUCAACUUCAUCAGUACUCAACAACUUCAAUCCCUGGCCAAUCCCAUUCUCUGACAAGAUUUCCUCAAUUGAGACUGUUUCUUCUUCGUGAUCAUUAGCCAAGGAUAACACGCUCAAUUUGACAAGCUUUCUAAGCAAACAUUCGUCAAGCUGGAUGAAUUGGGGUUGAAACUUGAUAUAGUCUGACACUGUACCAAAUGUAAAUAAUUCAAGUGUAUUUAUCCAUGAAGCCGUACUCUCUGGAACUUCAGUAUGAGCCGACAAUUCAAGUAGGUAAAUCAAAUAAUUAUAUUUAUUAUCGUGUAGCACUGUAUUUAUAGUAUCUCCUAUAUCUUCCAUGACUCCAAUUAUCUUUACCCGUGUUCUUACUUGCUGGUACUUGUGU